AUGUGUGAGAUGCUCUUCACGAAGCACAACAAGAAAAUGCAUAAAAUGGAAACCUUAGGUGAUGGGAACUCAAUCAAUGUGUGGGAGUCCUCUUGGAUCCCUAAUGUCCCAAAUUUCAAACCUAGGUGUCAGUUUGAGGAUGAUAGAAGGAGAAUCACUUGGGUGAGGGAUUUGUUGUUGCAAGAAAGAUAUACUAGUCUGGAAUGCUCACAAGCUCACAAGAAAGGAACUUUAACUAUAAAAUCCUUUGCUCCAAUCCCAGACAGUAGUUUGCAGGUGACCAAGGUUUUAGCUAAGAAAGAUGGAUCUCUGAUCAAAGAAUGGUGCCAAACCGCCAGAUGGCUGCUGGAUGAGGCAAGAAAAGAAGGCUGGAAGGAGAUAGUGUGCUGGAUUAGAAACAAGACUUUAGCAGAUUCUUUGAACCAGAGAUUGAUGUUUGAUUUAGAGCUGAAUGGGCGUUGUUUGUUUACCCUUGGUGCUCGUUUUACCAGUUUAAUAGAUGAUCGUAUUUCACUAGAUGACGGACCAUCUGGUGCGACUUGUAGAGCUAUUUCAUACUUGGACAAUGCCUCUUCAUACUCCCCAGCGUUAAACAAUGAAUUCCCCUCAAGUUUUGCAUCAUUGGCUUUGGCUAACCCUUUCUACUUCAAGCGAAGGAAUUGCAGAGCUUGGCUCAAAGAAAUAAAAGAAAAAUGGAACCCUGAUGAAAAAUCAAUCAGAAAUAACACCAAUUAUAUUUUAAAUCAAUGCCAGGGCUGCUUGCCUAACUGUUACCCAGUCAUAAAAGUCAUACUAAAACAGCAAAACAGACCAUCCAGAGACAGUACAUUGGUAACAUAUAUUUCUAAUACGAUCCCACAUGGUUCACUUGAAUCAAUCGAAACAAAUUAA